UCUAGAACAUAAGGUUUGUGUUUGAUUCAAUGGCUGUUGCUAAGAUUGUUGUAGCAGUGAUGACGAUGGUGAUGAUAAUGAUGUUUAGUACUGAAACUGCUGCUGAGUUGAAAUGCGGGACUGUGUUUCAAACAUUGUCGCCGUGUCUUGGCUACAUUAGAACCAGCGGCGAUAAGAAACCUUUACCUGCUUGCUGCAACGGCGUUAGGUCUCUCAACGAAGCCGCUGUUACAACGCCUGAUCGCCAGACUGCUUGUAAUUGCUUGAAACAGGUCGCCACCGGCUACUCUCCAGCCAUCGUUGCUGUGGCUGCUACCAUUCCUGCCAAAUGUGGUGUUUCCAUUCCUUACAAGAUUGACCCCACAACUGAUUGUUCCAAGGUCCACUAAUGAUCGAUCAGCUCAAUAUGAAAGCAUAUAUUAUAUUAAUUAAUAAAUAAAAAUGCAUGGGAUGAUGAUUAGAACACAAAUCUUGGGAUGUGAUGAAAAUCUUUUUGUUUCUUUUUAAAAUCAAUGUACGUACAACUAUUGCUGCAACAUUAUUAUAGUUGCAUGGUAUUAAUGAUGUGAUUAUCCUCUUUCUUCCA